AUGUGGGCGGGAGGGCUGGUUGGCGCGCUAGUCCCGAUGGGGGUUAGCGGCAGGUCUCCGCGCAAAGAAGAUCCGGAAAGCGUCAAAGUCAGUCCAUCUCGGUUCCUCGCCAGCUUCUCCUCAUCCUCCCUGCUUUCCCCUCCUGUCAUCGCCAUGGCGUCCUUCCUCCAGUCUCGCCCGGUCCUGUCGGCCGUUCGCAAGCAGUCGACCGCCGUGCCUUUCGGCCUGCAGACCUCGUCUCAGUCCAUGCUUUCUCGUUCGGGGACGUGUAGCUCAUUCUCGUCACUAUGUUCCUCGACGAGGUCGACCAACUCUCAAAAUCCUCGUCAAUCUCUCUCCUCUACCGUCCCUACACAACAAAGCCGCACCUUUCUGGUACAAUUCCGACGCCAAUCCCAGUCCCUGAAAGAGAACCCCCCGUCGAAAUUUCCUCCGGCCGAUUUGCAACUUACCAACCUUCCCUACUUCAUCCGUCGCACACCCUCCAACCAACUCCCCGUGUACCUGAUCACGAAAGCCGGCGGUACCAAGCAGCAGACCAAGCUUCAAAAGACUGAGGGAGAUCUGGAUGCCUUGAGGAAGGACCUGGCACAAUUUUUGGGGCUCGAGUCCGGCGAUCCUGCCGCUCCCCAGAGUCCGGAUGUUGCCAUCAACCGUCUGACAGGGCAUAUUCUGGUCAAGGGUUGGCGGAAACCCGAGAUCCAGCAGUUCCUGUUGCAGCGCAACUUCUAA